GGAGUUGAUCCAGGAUGCUGGGCUACAUCCCACUGAUGCUGGGGGUCGUGGCCUCGGCUGCUUCAGUCGAAUGGAGGCGUCCGGUGAUCGAAUUCAAUUCUAAGUCGGUGGGGGGUUCUGAAGUGGUGAUCAUGCCUGGGAGUCGUCUGUUACUGAUGUGUGAGGGUGACGGGCCUGUGCACUGGCACCCCAGGCUAAAAAAACACAAACGUCAUGUGUCUAAAGGCAGCGGGAAUGUCCGCAUUUUAAAGGUGGACAGUCCUACAGCAGAAUUCACAGGAACGUAUACAUGCUCUUACACGGCUGAAUCCAAGGACAGCAAUCUGACCACCUCCGUACACGUGUAUGUGAAAGAUCCACAACGUGUGUUCUGGACCAGCAGCACUUCUCUGCGAGUGGUGAGGAAGGAGGGUGAAGAGUACAUGCUGCCCUGCCUCCUGACAGACCCAUCAGCCACGGAGUUGAGCCUCCGCAUGGAUAAUGGCACCUCCAACCCACCAGGAAUGAACUUUACUGUGGAUAGGCACCGAGGCAUUCUAAUCCACAGCCUCCACCCCAGCUUCAACGCUGACUACGUCUGCACAGCCAAGGUCAACGGGGUAGAAAAGACCUCUAAGGCUUUUUCUAUCAAUGUUAUUCAAAAGCUUCGUUUACCUCCAUACGUCUUCUUGGAGACAGACGAGUAUGUGCGCAUUGUUGGGGAGGAACUCAAGAUUCGCUGUAAAACGCACAAUCCUAACUUCAACUACAACGUGACGUGGAAAUACGCCACCAAAUCGACGCCAACCAUAGAGGAGAUGGUUCGCUCCGAUGGGGAGAAUCGUCUGGCUAUACAGAGCAUUCUGACCAUUGCUGCUGUGGACCUCGCAGACACAGGAAACAUCUCCUGCAUUGGUACUAACGAAGCUGGGGUGAACAGUACAACUACGUACCUUCUGGUUGUGGACAAGCCCUACAUCAGGUUGUUGCCCCAGCUCUCACCCAAACUAUCCCACCGAGGUCUUUCGAUUGAGGUGAACGAGGGUGAAGAUCUGGAGCUCAACAUGCUCAUCGAAGCCUACCCUCAUAUCACCGAACACGGAUGGGACACCCCGACAUCUCCCAGCCCUUCCACUCAGGAACAAAGCUUCAUCAAAUACAACAACAGAUACCACGCCAGUCUGCAGCUGAAGAGACUGAACAUACAGGAGCAGGGCCAGUACACUUUCUAUGCAAGCAGUGCUUUGACAAAUGCAUCUAUCACAUUUCAAGUCCAAAUGUACCAGAGACCUGUGGCUGUGGUGAGAUGGGAAAACAUAACCACGCUGACUUGCACCUCAUUUGGCUAUCCAGCUCCAAGAAUUGUUUGGUACCAAUGUCUCGGAAUACGACCAACGUGCAAUGAAAACACCUCAGGGUUGCAGUUGGCGAUCCCCCUCCAGGCUCCUACUGUGGAGGUCCAGAGGGAGGAGAAUGGAGCUGUGGAGGUGGAGAGCGUCCUCACCGUAGGAAUGGCUAACCAGAGGAUGACUGUCGAAUGUGUGGCUUUCAAUCUUGUUGGCGUCAGCAGAGACACUUUUGCAAUGGAGGUUUCCGAUAAGCUCUUUACUACCGCCCUGAGCGGAGCUGCAGGAAUUCUGGCAAUCCUCCUGGUGCUGCUGGUUUUCCUUCUUUACAAAUACAAACAGAAACCCAGGUUCGAAAUCCGCUGGAAGAUCAUUGAGGCAAGAGAUGGCAACAACUACACCUUCAUCGACCCGACCCAACUGCCAUACAACAACAAGUGGGAGUUCCCCAGAGACAAACUCAAACUAGGAAAGAUCCUGGGCGCAGGUGCGUUCGGAAAAGUUGUUGAAGCCACAGCUUACGGUUUGGGGAAAGAGGACAAUGUGCUGCGCGUGGCUGUGAAAAUGCUAAAAGCCAGGGCCCAUUCUGAUGAGAGGGAGGCUCUGAUGUCCGAACUAAAGAUCCUGAGCCACCUCGGACACCACAAAAACAUUGUUAAUCUACUCGGAGCCUGCACUUAUGGAGGACCCGUGCUUGUGAUCACUGAGUACUGCAGCUUCGGUGACCUACUGAACUUUCUUCGUCAGAAGGCAGAGACGUUUGUAAACUCUGUUAUGAAUAUUCCAGACGAUGAGGAGAACUCUAAUGAUUACAAGAAUGUUUGCAGUCAGAGGGAGUUUAUUAGAAGUGACAGUGGGAUCUCCAGCGCUGCCUCCAGCACUUACCUGGAGAUGAGACCCAGCCAGCUGCCAAACACAGAACCAGAGUCUGCCUGUGAGGAGAAUGGUGACUGGCCGCUGGAUAUAGAUGACCUGCUGAGAUUCUCCUUUCAAGUAGCUCAGGGUCUUGACUUUCUGGCUGCAAAAAAUUGUAUUCACAGGGAUGUUGCUGCCAGAAAUGUCCUUCUGACCAGCCGCCGAGAAGCGAAGAUUUGUGACUUUGGCUUAGCACGGGACAUCAUGAAGGACUCCAACUAUGUUGUGAAAGGCAACGCCCGUCUGCCGGUGAAGUGGAUGGCACCGGAAAGCAUCUUCGACUGUGUCUACACUGUCCAGAGUGACGUCUGGUCCUACGGCAUCCUCUUAUGGGAGAUUUUCUCUUUAGGCCAGAGCCCGUACCCAAGCAUGGCGGUGGACUCAAGGUUCUACAAGAUGGUACAGCGUGGCUAUCAGAUGGCACAGCCAGACUUUGCUCCGCUGGAAAUGUACAUCAUCAUGAAGAUGUGCUGGAAUCUGGAUCCAACGAAGCGUCCGACGUUUGGCAAAAUCAGUCAGACAAUAGAACGACUGCUUGGGGACCAACUUGAGCAGGAACAGGUAAUCUACCAGAAUAUGAAGCAGGAAGACAGAGAGGGCGAUGAAGAUGACAAGCCCAAAUUCCCCUGUGACCAGUCUUGUGACCAUGAGGAAGAGCAGCGGCCUCUGAUGAAGAGCAACAACAACUAUCAGUUUUGCUGAAACCUCCAGACGACCAUUGGUAAACCAAUCACUUAUCAGUAAAGUAUCAGGAAAGGCUGAAGCACUUUGCAGAGCUGCAAGCUGUUGUUGCC